AAAUUGUGACUGUUCACUAGGAUGUUAAUAAAAAUAUGUUAGUGAUGUAAUUGGCGUGAAAACACCUGUCCUAAACUACCUGUAGCAGUUACCUGAGAUGAACUCUUCAGCUAAUUUUUGGAAUUACUUACAAAGCAUUUCUAGAGGAAAAGAUUGUCACCACAGAAGGAAGUAGAGUGAGAUAACAGUGUUUUUAAUGAAGUUCUCCCAACAUGGGAACAAAGGUGCAAGCCCUGCAACUCUGGUGUAAGAAACAGACUGACGGGUACCGCGACGUGGAAGUCAUCAACAUGACAUCCUCAUGGAAGAGUGGCCUGGCUUUCUGUGCAAUCAUCCAUCGGUACCGCCCGGACCUCAUUGAUUAUGAUGCUCUUGCCAAAGAAAAUGUCCUGGAAAACAAUAGCUUGGCAUUUGAUGUGGCAGAUAGAGAGCUAGGUAUUCCAGCCUUGCUGGAUGCUCCAGAUAUGGUGGCCAUUAAAGUUCCAGACAAACUGAGUGUGGUGACCUAUGUGUCGCAGUAUUACAAUUACUUUCACAACAAGCCACAAUUAGGUGGACCUGGAGUGAAGAAGUCCGUAAAGAGGCAUCAGGAAAUAGACAAAUCAGGUCCGGAAGCUAAGCGACAAACACUGGUCUCUGUCAAUGACUCCCCGGCCAAAGAGAAACAAGUGUCUAUGGGGGAUAAGUGUGGAAUUUGUAAGAACAAAGUGUUUUUACUGGAGAGACAUAUUGAAAAUGGGAAGCUUUAUCAUAGAUCUUGUUUUCGUAAGAGUGAACUGUCUCCUACUGCAAAAAUUCUCAAAAAACCGGACUCUGAGAAAUCAGAUCAAAGUCGUUCACACGAUUCAGAGAAGCCGGACUUCUGGAGAAGGCGCGCUGAUGCUAAGAAAAAUGAGCAAAUCAAGAAAGAGGAGCCAAAAAAAGAACUGAAAGAAAAACAUGAUACAAGAACAAAUAAAGCUAAAUCCCUAAAUUUCUCCCUUCAUAACAGUGAUGAACACAAAUCAAGUCCUAGUGGAGUUACACACAGACAAGAAGAAAAAAUGGAUACUUCUGACUUAAGUGGCGAUCAUGAGGUGAAAUCGAGAGUCGAAGCCAACUCCAAUAGACCUGUACCUAAAGCUCGAAAUGUGAUAUCAUCAACAGGAAAAAUUGAUUCAUCAGAUAAAAAUCAAAAUGAAGUAGAAAAACGUACCUCUGUUCCAAAAUUUGAGUUCAGAUCCAAAAUUGUGUCCGCUGCCCCAAAGGCAUGCGUUGUAUCUAAAAUUGACACAGACAAUUCCAAGCCAGAACCCUCAACAAGACACUCUGCUCCAUCCAAGCCUUCGUCUCUCUCUGAAUCUCCUCGAAGUUCUAAGUCUCAUCAAGAUGGUUCACCCCCUCCCUUACCUAAAAAUCAUCCACCUCACUUGCCAGUUACCUCCAAAAAAGAAUCUCCAGUAUCUGAGAAGAAAUCUUUGUCACCGCCUUCUGUGAAAUCUCCAUUAUCCAGUGCUGAAGUCUCUCCCAAACAAGAUAGAUUGUCUGAACUGUUAGCGAAAGACAACCAGAGUAGUCAGGGUAAAUGGGAAGGGUUAUCUUCCACAAAUCAGGAAUCCACACCUUUCUCUAGUAGUAAUACAAAACAGGAAUCUCAUGCAGUUAGAAAACCUAAAGACAUUAAUAUAAGUGAUGUAAGGACAGGUAGCAGCUCUGAGCCAGUAGCUGUGUUAAUGAGCCCAGUGAGUCCUGAACCACAUGAUCCUCAGGUCUUGGGUGGCUUAUUGAAAAACUUAGCAAAUGUUCGUCGUAGGAAGGAUUCCAGUGAAGAUGUGACAUCUCCAAAGGCUAAAGAUGAGCAAAGUAAAAAUAUAGAUUGGAGAAGUAAUAAAGCAAGCAGUGAUACAAGAAAGGAAGUCAAAAGCCAUGUAUCCAGAGAGGUGAAUGGAAAGACAGAGACCAGAGCUGAUAAGGCCAAAUCUGUGGAUAUUCUGUCAGAGAAAAAGUCAUUCUUCAGCAACAAAAAAGAAUCUGAUAAGCCUGUGAAGAAGGACUUAACUGUCAGUGAUGAAGAACCAGCAUGGAAGAAAGCUUUGGAAGAACGUAAGAAAAAGAAACAAAGACCAAAAUCUGCAGAUUUGCUAUCAAACAAAAAAGAGGAAAAAAGUUCAAGAAGUGUAGUGUCUAUGGAUGUGACGCAAGUUAAAGAUGAAAGACCAGCAUGGCAGAUAGAAGCGGAGAAGAGAAAGGCAGCGCGACAAGGGGGAUAUGUGGACCCAGAAAAGGCAAAAGAUAGCACUACUGAAACUUCAGUCAAAACAGAGGUUAGCGAAGUUACAAAACGUCUCAUUACUCCAGGAUUGAUACCCAAGGAUGAACCAAAAGUAUCUGAGCCAGAGAAAAAGAUAAUAUCUGUCGGGAAAAAGUUUGAAUUUAAAUUGCAUGACCAUGAAAAGGAGAAGAAAGUCACAGAGAAACCCCCUCGUCCACCCCCAAUGAGCCCCACAUCACUACACAAGUCUCAUCAUGGACUCUCUCCUGCUGUCUCCCAUAAACUAGCCUCCACCAAGAAAACACCAGCCCCAUUGAGGCCAACCAUGCCCAGAACAGAGAUCAAAACAUUUGGAGAUAUGAAGAGAUUGUCACCCAAAGAAAUUCAACAUCAGCUGGCUGAAAUUGACAGUCGCCUUACUGACCUAGAGAUCAGAGGCAGAAGUCUGGAGGAGUCCAUUAGAAAGGAUCACAGUGAGGAAGAGGAUGAAGGGCUGAUGAUAGAAUGGUUCAAUCUCGUCAACGACAAGAACGAACUCGUCCGAACAGAGGCUGAUCUUAUUUAUGUAUCUAGAGCACAAGAACUUGAGGAUCAACAGCAUAGAAUUGACAGGGAGCUUCGAGAACUCCUCACUAAAGAAGAGGACAGAAAAACGGAGGAGGACAAAGAGCAGGAGGAGUUACUCCUCCAGCAACUGGUGGACGUGGUCAACCAGAGAAGUCUGAUAGUGGACUGUCAGGACGAGGACCGCAUCAGAUAUGAGGAAGAGGACCGUGAUAUUGCAGAAAUUUUAGCCAAAAAAGAGUUCUGUAAGAAAACACCACCAGAAAAUUCCACAGAGGAGGUCAGGGAAAAAACUAAGGAAGAAAAGAAAGCAGAAAAGAAAAAGAAGAAGAAACACAAAAAAGAGAAGAAAAAUAAGAAAGAAGUGGAAUAACUCAUUGACCAUGUAGACAGUUGUAUAAGAUCAGUCCUUAGGUAACAGCUGACGGGCAUCGUUGUUGUAUGUUAACUUAUUUUGACUUUUGAUAGAAUUAAUACCCGGUAACUGAAUGUGAAAAAAAUUGAGAAUAACACUUUAUUCUUUUACCAUCAGAGGAUUUGUAAGGUCAGACAGUGAGUGCGAGCUGGUGAAGUCAUGGAUUUUUGAGAAAGAAAUCAGAACAGUUUUUACAUCAUAUCUUUGAGUGAAUGUGAUAUCAUAGAUUUAUAUAUAAAUUUCUGUUAGUUAUCUCUCAGUCGUAUGGUGAUGUGAUGAAACUAACAUUAGCAUUCCAUGUUUCUGUUACAUCUUAGUAAACAUUGUAUAUUUAGAUGGAUGUUGAUACAAGUAUUUUAAAUAUGAGAUUUAUUGUUUUAAAAAAAUAUAACAAAGAUUUCUCUUUAUAAAAACAAAUCCAAGCACAAUUAUGCACACAUUCCAUGUUUAAAUGUUUUUAAACUGCAAGCCAAAUUCUACUUGAGUCACCAGAUAAAAAUCCCUUCCUUGUUUUAAUUUUUAUGAUGUAGUUUAGCUUCCUUAGAACAUAUACAUGUAUCUACUGCGUGAUUAUUAACAAAUUAUUGCCAGGCUAGAGCCAGUACAAAUUAUAAAUCUGUUUUUGACAUAGUUAAGUUUAUUAGACAAUACAUUCCACUUAAAGUCAUUUUAUUUUCCUAUAAAUUGCAAACAACAUGUUUAUUGUGAAAUAAUAUAUGUUGAAAAUUUAUAUAUAUUAUUCAAAUUAAGUAUGUAUUUGAAAUGUAGAUCAUUCUCUGAAACUUUUAUACUGUUAAACAUGCUAUAGCCUAAAGGCUGUGAAAUGUGUUGAGGGUGAAAAAAUGUUUUGAUAUAUAUGUACAUUUAAAUAUUUCAGUAUAUUUUAUUUGAAACUAUUCUAUAAGAAACUGUUUAUAUUCUAACAUUCCAUUUCUACAUUGCCCAAAAUUAUUUGCAUUGACAAUAUUUUCUCAUCAAAAUAGAUUUAUGAAAGAAAAAGUAUUUGAAUGUUGCAAGUGAAUAUUUUUUGAAUCUGAGCAUUAUUAUACUUCCCAAGGAUUUUCACAGCCAUUCAUAUUUUGUGUACAUAGUAGACAGUAACUUGAUAUGAUGUGUGCUAGUAGGAUAACGUAGGUGCUAAAUUGUUAAACUAGUCAACAAAUAAACUUGAUAAAAAUAUGUUCCUGUCAGCACAACAUUCAUUGAGAGAAGAAACUGCUGGUCAGUUUCAACUCACAUUUCGACCACAUUAUAUGAAUCAUGCAGAUAUCUAUGUAUGCAAGUUGUUUCCAGUUGUUCUGUGCAGUGAAGCAGAUGUUAUCUCAAAGAGACUGGGAAUCUUUUUUUUUUUUGAUUUUCUGUUUUUUAACAUGCAGAUACAUGUAGAUAUUUUAACAGAGAUAUUGUUUUCCUUCGAGUCUGAGUAUUAUAUAACCAGUUACUUCAUGUAGUGGUUCAAGUGUAGCUGUACUAAUGUUUGAUGACUGUUUUAUUGUAAAAAUAUCCACACGCUAGCCAGCAAAGAACAAAUUUUAUAUGCUAUGCAAUGUUUUGUAUUUUAUCCUGAGCUUUAAGUUUCAAUAAAAAAAGACUGUU